CACAACCAACCCAAUCAUAGUCUAAUAAGUUUUUUCAAUACACCCCUUUUAAAACAGUCUUUAAAUUAGGUACAAACCAGGCCCAUAGAUUCGUUUGUAUGUAUAUAUAUAUUUCUCUCCAGAAUCAAAUAUUCUGCCAAGUUCAAAACUUUAACCCAACUCUCCUUGUAUUUGAGCUUUUUGAACCCAAACACCCAAUCCUUAUAUUCAAUACCAAUGCAAUCAGCCCAUCUUUCUGGUUAGAAGAUUGUCCAGUAUCAAUUUUUAUACUUUCCCAGAUUUUUGUUACUGAGUAAGGAGUUAAGCAAUCAAGGACCCGGAGAAUGAUGUUAGAACAUGGCCCAAGUCAAUGCUUCGCUCAACUGCGCAGGUUGUCUGGUUCAAAGGGAUUGCUUUCUGUUGUCUAUCUCUUCACUUUGCAAAGUAGCAUGUUCAAGUAACACUUUUGGCCGCUUGGGUAUUCAUAACCUGGAGUUCAAGGAUUAUGGUUUUUAUUUUUGUGAGUCCACACAAUGGACAAUAUAGUUGAUUCUUUACAGAAUGCAUACCAAGAAUUUGUUGCUGCAGCUGCUAAUGUUCUUGAAGCUAAGGAAAGUUGUAGCGCCCAGAAAACAGUAGCCACUGAUGCAGCUCUUGAGAAUUUCAAACAGAAGUGGGAAUUGUUCAGAGUGGCUUGUGAUCAAGCUGAGGAGUUUGUGGAGUCUGUCAAGCAAAGGAUAGGAUCAGAGUGCCUUGUGGAUGAGGCCACAGGCUCAGUAGUUGGAAAGUCUGGCAGUUGCAGUGGCCCUGCUGCCACUACUGGUCUUCCACCAAUUAGUGCUGCUCGUUUGGAACAGAUGAGCAAAGCUGUUAGGUGGCUUGUCAUUGAACUUCAACAUGGUUCUGGUUCUUCUGCUAAUGCAGCCGCUCAUUCCCAUCCACCAGGAGCUCCAUUUGAUGCUAGAUUUUCUGAGGAUCCAGCUCAAUAGCUCUGCAUUUGUAGAGUUUUUAUUUAUAAAAUGGUGAUUAGAUGUAGUGAUUCAACUGUUGUAUCUUCGAGCAGAGUCAUUUGUUCAUGUAACUUGUAGAAUUUUACUAGCUAGCCAAAGGGAAGAAAGGUUAUGAUUCUGGCUGUACUUUACCAUGGAGUUCACAUGUAUGAAUGAUUCUAGUGCACCUUAAUACUUUCAUAUACUGUUUCUCAUUUAUGCCUGUGAUUUUGUUACAUCUGAUGUAGUUGUUACUCUUUUUUUAAGUUCCAUCGAGCUUGGUAUAUUCAA